AUGAUCUCUCAAAUGGAACCAGUCGAUCCCAGAGUGGAUUCGGCUGCAUAUGCAGAGGAACUCGGCUGGACCAGAGUGAACGAACGAGGCUACGAGAUCCUCGAACGCCCGUACGGAACCCACGCGCCCAAAAAGGUGAUUUCUAUCGGCGCCGGCGCGACAGGAAUCUGCCUUGCCCAUUUCUCCAAGGAGCUGCCCGAACUCGAGGUGCAAAUCUACGAGAAAAACGAUGGAGCGGCGGGAACCUGGUGGGAGAACAAAUACCCGGGCUGUGCCUGUGACAUUCCUGCCCAUAUCUAUCAGUUCACCUGGUCUUUGAACCCGAACUGGUCAAAGUACUAUGUCACAGCGGAAGAGAUUCUGGCCUACUUCCAAAGCCUGAUCGAAAAACACGACCUUGAAAAGUUCAUCAAGCUGCAACACGCUGUAGUGGGUGCGAACUGGAAUUCCGAGACGUCCAAGUGGCACGUUCAGAUCCAAAGGGGUGACGGCACCCAAUUCGAAGACACCUGCGAUUUCCUGGUCAAUGGCUCCGGGCUGCUGAACAACUGGAAAUGGCCGGACAUCAAGGGCCUCAAAUCCUACAAGGGGGUGUUGACCCAUUCCGCCAGCUACGACCCGACUAUCCAACUGGAGGGCAAGAAGGUGGCCGUCAUCGGCGCCGGCUCGUCCGGCGUCCAGAUCGUGGCGGCCAUCCAGUCCAAGGUCGAGCACCUGUACACCUGGGUCCGGUCGCCACUCUGGAUCAGUGCCGGCUUUGCGUCCAAGUAUGCCGGGCCUGACGGGGCGAACUUCGAGUAUAGUGAUGAGCUGAAGAAGAAGUGGGCGGCCGACCCUGUGGCACAUCUACGAUAUGUCAAGAUGCUGGAUGAUGAACUGGGGAAGCGAUUCAACUUCAACCUGACCAACAGUCCGGAAGCGAAGACCGCCGUCCAAUUCUCUCGGGAGUCUAUGGCCGAGAAAUUGAAGACCCGGCCUGAUCUGAUCAAGAAGCUGAUCCCCACCAAUUUUGGCAUUGGAUGUCGACGCCCCACGCCAGGGACCGGCUACCUCGAUGCCCUUGUUGCGGACAACGUGACCACCUUCACGGAGGAGGUGCGCGAGAUCACGCCGACCGGCUUCAUCGACAGCAACGGAGAGAAACACGAUGUCGACGUGAUCAUCUGUGCCACCGGCUUCGACACCUCGUUUGUACCCCGGUUCCCGGUCACCGCGAACGGCAAGGACCUCCGAAAGGUCUGGGAGAACGACCCUGUCGCAUAUUUCUCCGUCAUGGUGCCGGGCUUUCCCAACUAUUUCACCUCGCUGGGCCCGUACAGCGCCAGUAACGGAUCUCUGCUCCCGCCCAUCGAACAUGGAUGCCGCUAUAUACUCAAGCUCGUGGAGAAGAGCCAGAUCGAACGCAUCAAGUCCCUGGCUCCCAAGGAGGACGUGACGAACCAGUUCCGUGAGCACUCGGACUUGCUGCUCAAGAGAACCGUGUGGAACCAGCCAUGCCGGAGUUGGUUCAAGAACGGAACCAUUGAUGGGCUGCCGCGCUGCUACCCGGGCUCGCGCACGCACUUUGUCGAGACCAUGCAGCCGCGGUACGAGGAUUUCGAGAUCGAAUACGAGCGUGAUAACCGAUUUUACUAUCUGGGCAACGGAUUCGCCACUCGCGAACUGGAUGGUCGCGAUGCCACUUUGUAUUUGGGCGAGCUCGACGGCCAAGACAAGGAGCCGGAUUAUACCCCGGUGGAGGAAGAAGUGUUUGCCCUGUCUGGGGUCAACAAGUAA